AUGUGGAAUUUUCCGCAUGCUAUAGGUGCAAUAGAUGGCAAGCACAUUGUUAUGCAAGCUCCUCAUAAUGGUGGAUCAGAGUAUUUUAACUAUAAGAAAACGCAUAGCAUAGCUCUUCUAGCUGUUUGUAAUGCUAAAUACGAAUUUACUAUGGUAGACAUUGGUGACUCGGGAAGACAGAGUGAUGGUAGCGUUUUUAACAACUGCAGUCUUGGUUAUGCAAUUGAAAAUAAUAAAUUGAAUAUUCCUGAUCCCGAAUAUAUUGGUAAUUCAGAAAAGGUGUUACCGUACGUUUUAGUUGCUGACGAUGCUUUUGGUUUAAAAAGACACAUGAUGAAACCAUACCCUAAUCAAAACAUUCCUUUAGAUCAAAAAAUAUUCAACUACAGACUUUCAAGAGCCAGAAGGGUAAUAGAAAAUACAUUUGGUAUUGCUACAACACGCUUUUGA